AAAGUGAAGAUACGAUUGGACUUGCUUUUGUCUUGAUUUGUGUUAAUAAUAAAUACAAAUUUUGCUGAAAAGUUGAUUAACAAAAUCAGAGAUGUUAAAACAUCGUUGGAGGGAGUUAACAAAGAAAUUUGCGAGUCAUGUUGAUCCUGAAAGAACUGAACAACUUAGAAGAAAUAAAGCAGACAUUGAAGCUAACAUGGCAAGAAUCUUGAAGCUAAUCAAGAAUGAAGAUCAAGGAAAGAGAGAAGGUAAGAGAAAAGCUUCAAAAAAAGAAUCAGAACUAGUUGGACUCAUUGACAAAUUUUACAAAGAGUACCAGUCACUCUAUGCAUUGUAUGAUCAUCUUGUAGGAGAGUCUGCAAAAAUAGUCUUUGGCAGGUUAGGGAAAGAAACUUCUUCCAUGUCUUCUUCUAGCUCAGAUUCUGAAUAUUACUCAUCCGAGGAAGUUGACAUCAACCAUGCAAUAUUCGAAAACAAAACCUCCAAUAUCAAUCAAGAACUCGAAAUUGCAAAUUUAGAAGUCGCCGAAUUAAAGCGUAAACUGGCCUCUACAAACAAAGAAAAAGAAGCUUUAACAAAAGACUGCAAUGCACUUUCAAGUAAAAUACAACAGACAGAGACUAUCAACAAAGAUUUGAGGAUCGAAAUGGAUCGAAAAGAAAGAGAGGUUUCGGCUCUCGUUCAGACUCAUGAAGCUAAAGGAAAGCAAUCAGUGGCAAGGAUUAAAGAGUUAGAAAGUCAGUUAUCAGGAUUGAAGAUUGAGAUGGAAUCCUUGCGUAGCCAGAAAAGAGAAAUGGAAAAUUCAAGGAAAGAAAGCAAAGCUAACAAAUCCAAACAGAAAGGUGAUAAGAAUGCAGAAAUUCAAAACCGAGUUUUGGAGCUUGAAUCCAUGUUAAGAGACAGAGAAGAUGAAAAAUCUGCUCUUUUGAAAGAACUCAUAGCAAACGAGAACAACUCCAAGUCGAAGAUCGCAGAGUUAAUGGCUCAGGUUAGCAAUCUGAAACUGGAAUUUGAAUCUCUACAAGCACAGAAUGUUGAGCUUGAAGAAAAGAUUUCAUGCAAGAGAAACGAAGCGUCUGGUCAGAGCAAGGUUAUGCAGAAGGAAUUGGAGUCCUUAAAGUUGCUGAAAGAUGAUUUGGAAAUGGAAGUGGAAAGGAAAAACAUAGAGAUUUCACAGAAUCUGAUUCUGAUAGAAAGUCUGAAAGAAGAAUUAGCUAAGAAAAGCAACGUUGAAAAGAAGUCUGCUCAGGUGAAGGAGCUAGAACAGCAAAUUGACAAUCUUAGAAACCAGAAAGACGAUUUGGAGAAGAUGAAGAUGAACAAAUUGCAUGAAAACAACCAGUUGAAACUUGAUAAGGAGGGAUUGAUUGCUAGAAUUGUUGAAUUGGAAGGUACAUUGAGUGAGAGAGAAGAAGAAGCUUCUAUACAAAUCAUGGCCUUGACAGCACAGAACGACUUACUGAAACAAGAAUUGGAUUCUUUAAAAUCCCAGAAAAGCCAAUUUGAGUUGCAAAGUGAGAGAGAUAACCAAGUAAGUUCCAAAGGUACCCAGAUGGAAAAUCAGAAAAUGAUCAAGUUAACAACAGGGAAGAUUGAAGAUCAACAAAAAAUUAAUAUCAAGGAAGAGAAAGAUACUACUACUACUACUACUACCAAUACCAGGAAGUCAAACAAGGAUCAUAAACAAAGCAAAGGUAGGCUGCAGCAAAACAGACCAAACCAACAAGUUGUUGAAAGGAAGAUGGAGGAUUUAGCGGAAAAGUUUCGAAUUGGUUUCGAGAAUAACAUCCGUUUGUUGUACCAGAGGAUCUUGGUAGCAGAGCAAUUGCAUACGGAGAACAGAGAGAAUUACAGGAAGACAAAAGGGAAGUAUGAGAAACAGAACAAAGAGCUUGAAGAAACCAUUGAAAAUUAUGAAACUGAGCUAAAAAAGAUGAAGGAUAUCUCAGAAUCAGCAGGUGAUGCAUUGGAUGGAUUGGGUUUGGUUGUUAGCAGAUUUGAGGAAGAAAAUGGUAAAUUUUUGAACCAUAUUUCAGCAGUCUCAAAAGAGCUUCAAAUUGCAAAGAAUUGGGUUAGAGGAACAACCAGUGAGAUAAAAAGACUAAGACAUAAUGUGGAUGUUUUGGUUGCACAGCUUGAUGAUAAAGAGGAACAAGAAUUCUUGUUGAGAGAGAAAGUUUGGAAACUAGAAGCAAAAGUGAGCAAAGAAGGAGGUGAAAAAUUGAAUUUGAUGAAAGCCAUCACCCAACUAGAGAAAAAGUUAGGAAAAUAUGAGAGUUUGAUAAAAGAAAAAGAUGAGAGGCUUUCAAGCCUUGGAGAUGAGAAAAGGGAAGCAAUAAAGCAGCUUUGUAUUUUGAUUGACUACCAAAGAAGCCGCUAUGAUCAUCUCAAAGGAGCAUUCUUACAGGCACAGUUGAGUUUAAGACGCAAUAAUAGGAUUAACACUCUCAAUCAAUGAUUUUGUUUUUUUGAGCAUGAUUUUUUGAUAUUUCAUUUUGUCAUUUUCUUAAUGAAUUUUUUUGAUGUAUAACUUAAUUAUUUAUGUAUGGACACCGGAAAUUAGUGACAUUAUUGCCGGCUUUAACGAAUAAUUUUAGUGUAUGCAUUGCU